CGGUUGGAGUUCGGUUUUGAAGUGUUUUGAAGCAUUUUCCCCAUCGGUUUUCCACCGUGACCGUGAGUGAGUGACCAGUUGAGUGUGUUUCCAUCGGUGCACUAUGUGCUGUGAUGAGUGGUUUCGGGAGAAUUUGUUUUUCAAAUUUGGAAGGAAGCGUUAAAAUUCCAACUCGUGUAGCCUACUGUGUGAUGUGAUCUACGUGUGUUUUUGUUUGGUUUUUUUGAUGGAGUGAAAGUUCUAACCCGUAAUACAGCAAUAUGGUGGUGAGCACGAGCACCCCUAUCGGGGGUAUGACAAAUGGUGUGACCCAGGGAAUGGGAUCGAUCUUGCGCACGUACAAACCGCGCACGCCACGCGGAUCCGUAUCAAAGUUCCCCAGUGCCGGUAAGCUUGCUGUGAUUAGUGCGGAUAUCAAUUACGAAUCCAUCCCCGGCGAUGGUGGUAGCGAUGGUAACAAUAACCGUCUGCAAAGGGUGCUAGAUUAUGAUGUGGAUGAUGGUGAUGGGAAACAACUGGUAAAGUUCAAUGCAGAUGAGCAAGAGUGUUCCAAGUGGCCAGAUGGUUUGGAGGAGCGUAUCGAUACGAAGGCUGCAUAUCGGUUUGCCGAUACGGGUGUGCGUUCUGUUGGUGAGCGAGUACGGGAUGGUUCGUGCUCCGGGUCGUCGUCCGGUGUUAUUAUCGGCAAACCGGUCAACUUGAUGCUGUCGAAGAUGUCGCUACUGUGGAACACGAGCGGUUGGUUGCGGAUCUACUGCGGCCCGGAUCGUAGUGCGAUCAGUGCGGAGGAUCGUAGCCGGAUGAUACAUGUGGUCACGACGGCCACCACCCUAGACGUGGUGAAAGAUAUGAAUUUGCCGGCUGAUUACACGCUCUGGGUCCAGAUCGGUGGUGGCCGUACGAGACGGUUGGAGGAAAACGAGUACCCACUGUUGGUGCAGGAGGAAUUCUUGAAGUCGCUCGGUUACUUCGACGAAUCGCGCCGGGCCCGGCUCGGUAUCGAUCCAGAGCUAAAGUAUCUGAUCCGGUUUCACAUAGGCCCGGCCGAGAUACCGAUGUGCAAGGGUGUGUUGCGUUCGGGCACGGUCGAGCUGCUCAAAGGGUUAAUGUAUCCGCAGUGGCGCCGCCGUCAUUUGGCGAUCGUUGGCAGCAAACUGAUCGUCUAUCAUGGAAAUGCAUCCUUCUCGCCGGAAGUGUACGAGUUGGCCGGUGCGAAUGUGUUCGAGCAUGCACCGUGCGACAAUCGGUUAAUGAUCAAGAUCGUACCGAAGGGUGGCAGUUCGUCCAGUGCGCGCGAUAGUCUCGACCGUGAUUCGUCCCUGACCAGUGUGGAGUUUAUCGAUUGUUCCGGUACGGUUGGUGUGUAUCCCGGAUCGGCGAUGGCCAUCGGCAACCAGGUAGCGACAGCCGAACGGGAAACGGUACUGUUCCUGGGCUUCCGUGAGUCUUGGGAGCGUGACCAGUGGAGCGUCUGGCUGUCGGUGGACGAACCGGACCGGAGCACCAGUCAACGGUUGGAUCUGGAUGAUUCCGGUUUGCAGCAGAUACCGGACGUCUUUCUGCAAGCACCGACUGCUGUCGAGGAGUUGCUUGCUGGUCGUAACAAGCUGCAGGAGAUUGCCCUACGAGCGUUGGGCCAGUUUACGUACCUGAAAGUGUUGCGCUUGAACGGGAAUGCUCUGAAAGAAUUUCCCGACAAUUUGUACAGCUUACGGAACUUGCGGCUGUUGGAUUUGAGUGAGAACGAAAUACGUAAGCUGCCGGAUAGUAUUAGUGCACUUAAGAGCCUGGAAGAGUUUACAAUCGAAAGGAAUGAAUUACGCGAGCUUCCAGACAGCCUAAAAGGACUCUCGAGCUUAAGAAUCUUGAAUGCGGCCUACAAUCAACUGGAACAGUUACCAUCCUUCAUGGUGAACAACAUGCGCUCGAUGACUCUGUUUCAACGAAACGAUUCACUUCGAAAUGGACACCUGCAGCAUCGGGAUGCGUCCCAAAAGAGCGACGAAAAGCCAGACAUACCGCUGACCAAGGUGAACCUUCGAGGUAACCAACUCAAAGGAAGCAUUAUUCUCGGAAACUAUGGACUUCUAACGCAGCUAGAUGUCAGUGAAAAUUCGAUUGAGGUUAUGGAUCUGUCGGCGCUAGACAAGCUGGAAACGAUCCAAUGCUGCCGGAACAGUUUACGAGAGCUUACGCUAAGCGGACGGAAUCUGCACUCUUUGAUAGCGGGCAAUAAUAAUCUCACCAAAAUAUCCGUCCGAGCUACACCGACCAACCUGAAGCACAUGGAUCUUAGCUUCAACUGUCUGCAGGAACUACCCGAUUGGUUGGUUGGUUGCCACCAGCUAAGAACGCUGUACGCAAACAACAAUCAGAUCCAUACGAUUUCGGAGCAUCUGCUUAACAACGAACAUGCGACGAUCCAGACAUUGCACCUUGCCUACAACCAGUUGACCAGUUUUCCACCGAUGGUGAAACGGAAACUUCCCCUGCAGAAACUCUACCUGCAGUGUAAUCUGAUCGAGGAUUUGCCCGAAAAUUUCUUCAUCGCAUGCGAGCGUUUGACGAUCUUGAACGUGUCGAGCAACAAACUGAUGACGUUGCCGAUCAUUUUCGGUUCCAGCUGUAGUUUGGAGCGGCUGUACGCUACCAACAACUCGCUCACCGAUCGUGUGCUGGACUCGCUCAUAUGCUUGCCUCGUUUGCGGGUGCUUCAUCUGGGAUAUAAUCUGUUAACGACCAUGCCCGAGACGUGCAUUAGCUGCUGGGGUGAUCUGGAGGAGCUGGUGAUUUCGGGUAAUAAGCUGCGCCAUCUACCGGAGAACCUUGCCAACAUGGCAAAUCUGAGAGUGUUGCGAGUCCAUUCGAACCAGCUACAAUCGGUACCCAGUUUGGGUAGGACAAUAACGCUCCGAGUGUUGGAUCUUGCCCACAAUCAGCUGGACAAGGUAAACAUUGCGUCGUUGGUACCGCGCAACCUGCAGUUCCUGGAUCUGUCGGGCAACAGGCAGCUGCAGGUGGAUGCACAACAGCUACAAGCAUGUAGAACACAGCGCCCAAUGGCUCUGGUGGAUGUCUCGGGGAAGAAUCGGCCCUCACUUCCUACGGCCCCAUUACCGUACCAGGAGCACGAAGAUUACGAACCCUGCUGGAAGGUAGGGUUCGCCGAGACGAGCGGUUGUCUGCCUAAGUUAUGUAUUGCACAACUUCGAUUACCUGCAUUUUGUAACUCCGAGGGUCUAUUUGGAUUGUUUGAUGGUGAAUCAGGCAAUGGUGUACCGAACCUGCUGGUGAAGGCAAUCCCGAAGAUACUACUCGAGGAACGAACUGUGAAGGAAACGGCGAACGACUACAUGAAGUACACGCUACUGUCGGCACAUCGAGAGCUGAAGCAACGUGGUCAGCAGGAAGCGGUGAACGUUACGCUCUGUCACAUUGCCCGCAGUCGACUUCCUACGGAAGCGAUGAGCUAUCUUCCCCAAACGGUAGCGAGUGGACGUAAGUUUAUCCUUCGUGUAGCGACCGUUGGAGAGAGUUCCGCCGUGCUGAUCAAGCACAAUCGUUGUGUUUUGCUGAACAAGGGAAGUCCGUCGAGAAAGCUGGGACUUAGUGCUAACUUCCCCGUUACUGUGCCUGAUCCGGAGGUGCAGGAGGUGGUACUGAGCGAUGCGGACGAGUAUCUGGUGCUGGGGAAUAGAAAACUUUGGGAAGUGAUCACGAUGGAAACAGUUGCGGAGGAAAUUCGCAAGGAGGAGAACAUUUUGCUAGCGGCAAAGCGUGUACAGGACAUUGCCCAGAGUUAUGGGGCGGAGGAGAAUCUCAGCGUGAUGAUCAUUCGGUUCAACAAUCUCGGUACGGAUGUUGACUUCUUGAUGCGUGAGUUGCGUCAAACGAUCCGCAAGAAACCGACCCUGAUACAGGGUGGAACCGGUGUGAUAUCGGGGUUUUGUAAGUGUGGCUGUUGUUGCGAGACGAACAAUAGCUGCUGUCACUCGGCGGCAGCAGUACAGUUCGUGCGUCACCCUUCAGGCCGAAGCGAUCGAUCAUCGCCCAGUGGACAAAGCGAUCAGACGAGCGGCAGUGAAACGGUUACUCGGCACGGAUUACCUCGCACGAAGGGUUUGGAUGUGGUUGGAUCGUCUACAGGUGGAGGUUCCAUGGUUAGUCGACGGCCGAAUGCAACUUAUCUGGCGAACGAACGACGGAGCCUGCGGGGUGGCGUUGUACGUGCCGUUCGUGCUAAAAUUGAGGAGGAGAAGGAAAAGGAAGGCAUGGACGAGUCCGAUUCGGCCAUGUCGGAGGAACAGUUCAAGUGUUGGGAGUACAUGCUCGAACAGAACACACAGCUCCUGUUCGACAAGGAGCUCAACACCAUCUCGCGGGGGUUUGUCGCGAAACGGACAGGAACGCUCGGAAACGGAAUGUCCGAAACUGGAACCAACUCGUCCGGAUCUUCCGGAUCCGGGACAAGCAAUCUCACGAAGCUACAGCUAAAGAACCUCUCCACCAGUUCGCCCCAACUGGCACAGCUCGAGAGCGAUAGUGGAUUGAACUCUUCGUUGGCCAGUGGGUAUAGUGGCACGAUGAUGACCACCGCCCGUGCGACACCAUUCCUUUCGAAACAGUUCGGAUCAACGCGCUCUUUUCAUCCGUCUUCCUCCCAAAGUUACUUCAAACCGAUUCAGUACAACACGCCCGCUCACGGAGGCGCAUCACGACCGCGGCCUAUUAACACCGGUCCGAAUGCGGCUUACUUCGGAUCGCUACAGCGGCUGAUGCCUUACAACCUUGAGUACGAUGCAGCUACCGCGCAGGAUCGUUACGGUUCGAAUGGCAAUAUUCUCGAGCGGGACAGUACACUAGAGCUGGACACGAUUGAUCCGGAUGGUGGGCGAAUGCGACAGUACUGGGGUGUUGCAACGACGGAACUGUAAAUAGUGACCCGUUCGGAUGCUAUCGUGAUCGUCUUAUCAAACGCGAACGGAAACGUGUAA